AUUCACAGUCACUUUUGCGACGGCCGUGGAAUCAAAAGACUAUAAGCAAAAAACACACGAAAAUUAAAAUUUGUAUUUAUUAUUAACGUAAUAGGUUAAAAUAGUUUUGUGAGCUUUAAUUUUCUUUUAAAGGAAAAAUUCAUUUCAGUUUAGUGAUUUUAAUCGCUGAUACGUAAAAGAAUAGAAAGCAAUCAAAAUGGUGGUCAAUUUUAAAGUUUUUAAAAAGGUGGCCCCAAACAACAUGGUCACCCUGUACAUGAACAGGCGUGAGUUUGUGGAUUCAAUAACCCAAGUAGAACCGAUUGAUGGUAUUGUGGUCUUGGACGAUGAGUAUGUGCGUCAAAAUCGUAAAGUCUUCGUGCAGCUAAUCUGCAAUUUCCGUUAUGGUCGCGAAGAUGACGAGGCUAUGGGAUUACGCUUCCAAAAAGAACUUAUAUUGGUUUCAAAUCAAGUCUACCCAGAGCAAAAGGUUGAAAUGCAAUUAACUAAAAUGCAAGAGCGUUUGCUCAAGAAAUUAGGUUCAAACGCUUUUCCAUUCGUUAUGGAAAUGCCACCAUCUUCACCGGCUUCGGUGGUUUUACAGCAAAGGGCUCAGGAUGAAUCGCAACCAUGCGGCGUUCAGUAUUUUGUUAAGGUAUUCGCUGGUGAAAGCGAUUGCGAUCGUUCUCAUCGCCGCAGCACUAUUACUCUGGGCAUUCGUAAAAUUCAAUAUGCCCCUACCAAGCAAGGUGUUCAACCUUGCACUUUGGUACGCAAAGAUUUCCUACUAUCCCCUGGGGAAUUGGAAUUGGAAGUUACUUUGGAUAAACAACUCUAUUAUCACGGAGAAAAGAUUGCUAUUAAUAUUUGCGUGCGAAAUAAUUCUAAUAAAAUAGUAAAAAAAGUCAAGGCCAUGGUACAGCAGGGCAUUGAUAUUGUGCUCUUCCAAAACGGACAAUUCCGUAAUACAAUCGCUCAUUCAGAGAGCAGCGAGGGCUGCCCUUUGAAUCCUGGUUCCAGCUUGCAAAAGGUUAUGUAUUUGGUACCGAAUUUGGCGGCCAAUUGUGAUCGUGCUGGUGUUGCUGUAGAGGGUGAUAUUAAACACAAAGAAACAUCUUUGGCUUCGACAACGCUAAUUGCUGGCCAGGAUACUCGUGAUGCAUUUGGAAUUAUUGUUUCCUAUGCUGUUAAAGUUAAAUUAUUUUUAGGCGCUUUGGGCGGUGAAUUAUGCGCUGAAUUGCCCUUCAUUUUAAUGCAUCCCAAGCCCAGCCGCAAGGCUCAACCGGAAAUUGAAGUGGAAAAUUAAAUUUUAAUUUACUACGACAAGGGAAUGAAUUGUGUUGAUGGACUUGAAUAAUUUUAAUAAGUUUCUGUAGACUCAUGAUAUGUUGUGUUAACUAUAAAGCGCUGUAAUCGCUUACAUGUCUCUCUCUAUUAUUGUUAUUAAUGUAUAUUCAAGUGUUGUGAUUUCUCUCAAAAAACAAAAAAACAAAAAAAAA